AUGCCAUUCCGAAAAGACUUUCUUCGUUAUACAAUAGCCAAAGUUAAAACAACCUUUGAUGAUAAAUGGAGUGAACGUCUCUUUGUCAUUACGAGAGAGGAAGUACUCAACACUUCCAUUUCCAUUGGAAGUCGAUUAAUUGGUGCUUCUUCAUCAUCAAGAAAUUUAAUGGGGGGUGGAGUUUCGAAUAGUGGUAGUGGCAAUAGCAGCAAUAAUACAUAUUUUGUUUAUUCUGUUGAAAUUUAUAGAUUGAAAGAUGAGGCAAUAAUCAAGAUGGCUAUUGCUGAUUAUGAAAAUCAUUCCAAUAAUAAUAAUAAUAAUAGUAAUAAUAGUAAUAAUAAUAGUGGAAUGUUGAGUCAUUCUAAUUCGUUUAUUGGUGGAGUUUCGAAUAAUGGUAAAUUAAUUUCAUCUCUUUCACCAAAAACCAAGUCAACACUUCACAGGGAUAUUAAAUUAAUGUCAGCAAAAGAAUUGACCAAUAGAAACAAUACUAUUAUAUUGUUUUUUGAAAAACCAAUUUAUGUGAAUUUUAAAACUGAAAGUGAUUAUGUGGAUUGGUAUGAAUAUGUUUCUAAAAUUAUUGGAAGUGAAGAGUCGAGUGUUAAGGAGGGAAUUGGAGCAAUUAUUGAGAGUAUUACUGAUGCUUGUGUUGUGAGUGAUGCUGAUGGAAUAAUUACUGCUUUUAAUACACAGGCAGAGAAAUUGUUUGGCUAUUCGAAAGAGGAAGUUAUUGAUAAGAAUGUAAAUGUGGCAGUUUUAAUGCCAGAAAGUUAUGCCAAAUACCAUCAACAAAUUUUAACAAGAUAUAACAAACAUAGAAAUAGAACAAUUAUUGGAAAACCAAGAAAUUUAUUGGCCAAACAUAAACUUGGACACAAAAUGCCAAUUAUUAUCAAUGUUGGUGAAGUUCAAGACUCAAAUCCUCAAUCAAAAUACAGAUAUAUUGCCAUGUUUCGUGAUUCAAUGUGGAGAGUUAUUAAUUAUAUGAAUCAGGGAGCUAGUAGUAAUGAUGAGAGUUCAUCAACAAGUGAUAUACUUCCAAGUGUUGCAAUGGAUCCAUCAUUCCACGAUACUCAUAGAAGCGCAGAGAAAUUAAAACUUCAAAUUCAAAAGAGGACAAAGACUGAAAUUUCCAAAUUUGAGGAAGAAAGUUUGAGAAUGGUGGAAGAAUUACUUAAAAUGUUACAAUCAGUUUCAUCGACUAUUAAUAUUUUGGAAACAGAGAAGGAAAGACUUGAUAUGUUAUUUUGUGAAUUACAAGAGAAAUCAGUUCACACUGAACAAGUACUGAAAGAAGCUCAAUCAACAAGUCAAAUUUAUCAAACCUAUCGAAAAUUGUUAGAUAAUUUCCUUCAUUUUGACAAGAUAACAGAUAUGGCACAGGAUCAACUCUCUAGAGAUUGUCUUUCUUGUUGGAAACAAAUUCAAAUGUUCAAGAAGGCAAGUAGAGCUUUUGAUCAACAACAAAAAUUCAAAAAUAUGGUUUCACAUGCUGGAGAGAUUACAAGAAGAGCUAGAACAAAUUCAGUUUCAUCUGACGCUAAAUUGGAAAACAUGUUCUCGAAUAUUACAAAACCAGAAAUUAUUUCAUUAGCAGUUCAACUAUUCGACAAGUUCUUAACUAACUAUGAAAAGGGAGAGGAACCAAUAUCCAAACAUCACUCUACGAGUUAUACAUCUUCAGUUAUUUCAGUAGUCACACCACACGUAUUACCAGUCAUUAAGGGAGCACUUAUCAAGUGGAACAAUCAGCUAUCGAAUAGUGGAAUUGAUUCGACUAGUAUUUCUCCUGAGCUAUUCUAUUUUGUUGAGAAGGAUAUUCUUGAUUUUUUAAAGAAUGAUCCGAUCAAAAACUAG